AGCGCCACUUCUCCUCCUCCACCCCCUGCUCCCACACCAGCAGGAUCCAGCCCCUUCCUUCCGUCCCGCGUGGCCAGAACUUGAAAGAAAAGUGGACGUAGGAGGGAGUGAUGAUGCAAAAGUUACCCAAAAAUUGGGGCGGGGAAAGGAGGCUACAGUUAGGAAGGCGAACAAGCUGCAAAAGGAGCAGCGGAAAGUUGGGAGGUCUGGAGGGUGCCCUGUUCCGGGGGAAGCAGCAAGUACCGCAGCAGCAAGACUUUUCCCUUCUCUGAUUCAGGAAGGUGCUAGACAAAAACAUGGAAUUCAUUUCCCCAACAGUGGUUAUAAUCUUAGGUUGUGUUGCUCUUCUAUUAUUUCUUCAGUGGAAGAACUUGCGUGGACCCCCGUGCAUAGGGGGCUGGAUUCCUUGGAUUGGAGCUGGAUUUGAGUUUGGAAAAACCCCUCUACAAUUUAUAGAGAAAGCAAGAAUCAAGUAUGGACCGAUAUUUACAAUCGUUGCUGUGGGCACCCGAAUGACCUUUGUUACUGAAGAAGAGGGAAUUAAUGUGUUUCUAAAAUCCAAAGAAGUAAAUUUUGAACUAGCAGUGCAAACUCCCGUCUAUCGUACAGCAUCAAUCCCAAAGAAUAUCUUUUUAAAACUGCAUGAGAAACUUUAUAUCAUGGUGAAAGGGAAAAUGGGGACUUUCAACCUAUAUCGAUUCACUGGACAAUUGACUGAAGAAUUACACGAACAGCUGGAGAAUUUAGGCCCUCAUGGGACCAUGGACCUGAACAACUUAGUGAGGCAUCUCCUUUACCCGGUCACAGUGAACGUGCUGUUUAAAAAAGGUCUGUUUCCCACAAGUGAGAGGAAAAUCAGGGAGUUCCAUCAGCACUUUCAAGCUUAUGAUGAAGGUUUCGAAUAUGGGUCCCAGUUGCCAGAAUGUCUCCUCAGAAACUGGUCAAAAUCCAAAAACUGGCUUCUAGCACUUUUUGAGAAAAACAUUCCAGAUAUAAAAACAUGCAAAUCUGCAAAAGAUAAUUCCCCGUUCUUCUUGAAAGAGAGGACACAGGGCAACCUGCUGCCCCCAAGACUAGAGACCAACAGGCAAAUACAGGGAGUUGACAUUUCCCAGAGCACAGACCUGAGAGUGGAGACUGCCCUGGGAACCUGCGCCAAGACAGUAAUGCAGGCUCUGCUGGAUCUCCUAGAGAUGGAAACAAAUGAACAAAAGAGUCCCAAUUAUGGGCUCUUACUACUUUGGGCUUCUCUGUCCAAUGCUGUCCCUGUUGCAUUUUGGACAUUUGCAUUUGUCCUCUCUCAUCCCAAUAUCCACAGGACCAUUAUGGAAGGCAUAUCAUCUGUGUUUGGCACAGCAGGUAAAGAUAAGAUUAAAGUGUCUGAGGAUGACUUGAAGAAACUCCCUCUAAUUAAAUGGUGUAUUUUGGAAACCAUUCGUUUAAGAGCCCCUGGUGUCAUUACUAGAAAAGUGCUGAAGCCAGUUAAAAUUUUGAAUUAUACCGUUCCUUCUGGUGACUUGUUGAUGUUGUCUCCAUUUUGGCUACAUAGAAAUCCAAAGUAUUUUCCUGAACCUGACCUGUUCAAGCCUGAACGUUGGAAAAAGGCAAAUUUAGAGAAGCAUGCUUUCUUGGACUGCUUCAUGGCAUUUGGGAGUGGGAAGUACCAGUGUCCUGGAAGGUGGCUGGCUCUGUUGGAGAUUCAAAUAUUUAUUAUUUUAAUAUUGUAUUAUUAUGACUGUAGUCUUCUAGACCCAUUGCCAAGACAGAGUUCUCUCCAUUUGGUGGGUGUCCAGCAGCCGGAAGGACAAUGCCGAAUUCAAUUUAAACAAAGAAAAUGACGUCUGCUGGGCCUAAGGAGGGCCAGGGCCUUCUGGAGGAGUUACUGCACCCCAUCCGCUAGCCUGGCAGCACCUAGACCUGAGUUUGACUAAAAUGUAUCACUUAAUUUUGUUUAAGGAUUUAGUUCAAGACAAUGUCCAGAUGGGAUGUGUGUUUGGUAUCUCAAGAGUAGACCAAGAAUCUGACAUCACUCUAUAUCUAUUGAUAUAGAGACCCCAAUACAGGGUUUAUAGAAAAUGUUUCCAUGAUCCAAAAAGAGGCAUUUCUUAAGAAGUUGGAAUUUGGUUUCAUGAAUUACUGUAUCAAAACUUUAAAUAGAAAUAAUGUCACUUGAAUGAAAAUUUUACUAUAUUAAAUUUACUGUGAAGACAACAUACUUAAACUUCUAUUUUGAAAAAGGCUAAAAGUCUUAGACUCUAAAAAGUAUUAAAUAAUGAUUUCUGGAAAAUUGCUAUUUUUCUUAAUAUGAUUCUUAACUCUAGCAAUUGAAAUUCUUAAACCGCUAUUAAUAUAAUUCUUUAUUAAACAUGUCUAACACUAAAAGUAUGAAUAAUAUGAUAGCUUUCUAACACCUGUGAAGUCAGGGAUCAUGUCUGACACUCAUUUCUACACUCAACUAUGCCUAGGACAGCACCUUCUCUAUAGGACAUAUUCAAUACAUGUAUGUUGAUUGGUGUACUGAUUUGUAUUUUAGUUAAGAUAAAAGCAGUCCUUUGAUUCAAGGUGUUUGUAAUUGUAGUCUGAGAUAAUAUUUUUCCUAAUUUAUAGAAACUCAAAUUAAAUGAUGUGUCAAGGCAAAUAACAACAUUUCAAUCUAUUACUUAAGACUUUUGCCUGAAAUACUUACUAUGAAAUCCAGAAAAGAAAUCCUAUCAUGUUCAGGGAAAAUAUAUGAUACUAAUAACAGCAUGAGCGGUGAUGUCAUGGUUUGUCCUCUAACAGUCAAUGAAAUACCGCCUGCCUCCUUGAUUUCACAAUAAGUAAGUUUUGGAGUGCA